CUUAACCCGAGACUUUGAUUAUCUCGCGUUCGUCUUAUACAGCAACAGAUUCCCAGAAAAAAAGCACUCUUUUAGACUUUAACAAUCUCUACGAUCAAUCAUAAACAGAAAAAUCCUUCUUUCAAUCAUAUAUUUGGCAGAGGCUUGUCCUUGCCUUCAAUUCAUCAAUGUCACUCUUAAACCAGCUCUUCAGUAGAGGUGUUUUUGGCACAAAAUGCAAAACAAGCUUGAACUUGGCUAUUUCGCGCAUCAAACUGCUGCAAAACAAGCGAGACAUGCAGCUCAAACAUAUGCGCAAGGAGAUAGCCCAAUUUUUGCAGGCUGGACAGGAAGCCAUAGCUCGAAUUCGGGUGGAGCAUGUUAUAAGGGAACAGAACAUGUGGGCUGCAUAUGAGAUAUUAGAGCUUUUCUGUGAAUUUGUCCUUGCACGUGUUCCUAUUAUUGAAAGCCAGAGGGAAUGUCCAUCAGAAUUGCGAGAAGCUAUUGCGAGCAUAAUAUUUGCAGCUCCCAGAUGCUCAGAUUUGCCAGAUUUGUUGCAGAUAAAGAAUUUGUUUACUGCAAAAUAUGGCAAGGAAUUUGUCAUGGCUGCAUCAGAACUUCGUCCUGAUUCUGGUGUCAACCGUACAAUAAUAGAAAAGCUUUCAGUUCUUGCUCCAGCUGCACAGGUAAAGCUCAAGGUAUUGAAAGACAUUGCACAAGAGUACAAUCUGGCAUGGGAUUCUUCAAGCACAGAAGCAGAAUUCAGUAAAACACAUGAAGAUUUGCUGGCUGGAUCAAAGCAAAUACCUGUUGGAGCAGCACUUUCUCAAGCUCCCAACAAACAAGGUUCUUUUAUGUCUUCUCCUUCCAAUGGGACACAUUCUAUCAAGCAUAUGGAAAGUAAACAAGAAUCUCAGCACCUUCAUGCUCCUAGCGCUUCAAGCAAUGCUACUUUCUUGGGUACUAAUGAAAUUGAACCAUCAAUAAAAAAUUAUGAUGUGGGACCAAUUAGUGAUGCCAAAAGGGAGUCAAGACCACAAUCAACUGAUAUCUUGGAGAAAGCUCGAGCUGCCAUUGCAUCUGCUGAGCGUGCAUCUGCGGCUGCCCGUGCAGCUGCCGCACUGGUGAAUGUUGAAUUUAGAUCAUUGAAGGUAGAAGAGGGUAAGUCUUCAUAGUGCUGAACCUGUUUGGCUUCGUGUGCGUUCUUGUGAUUUCACAGAAGCAGUCUUUCUAAAAUCCAUGGAAGCAAAGAGGCUGGGUAAAAGAGAGAGAGAGAGAGAGAGAGAGAGAGAGAGAGAGAGAGAGAGUUAGUGAAACUGUUCAUUAAAGGUAAUGCACCUCCCAAUCUUUUGUUGAGGACUACACACUGUAUUAAUGUAUAUGUUACCUUGUAUAAUUGUGAUGGCUAAAAAUUGAAACUCAGCUGUGACUUAACUGAAUAAGAAAUUCAGCUCUGAUAUUUUUACAGUAAAUAAUAUUGAUAGAAUUUUAUUUA